GUUGCGAGUGCGAUGUUUGUUUGUUUGGCGUGAUAAAAAUAACCGUAAAUAAGAGUGAAAUCAUCGAUUGUCCUUUCAUUGUUACGCCGAACCCAAUUUCCUCCUAAAUCUCAGCAUCUUCCAAUCUUCUCAUAUAGGUAGAGAGAGGAUCGAGAGAAAGAGAGAUUACCAUCAGAAUCGAGUCCUUUGCAGACGGAAGAACCUUCGAUUUAAAAAGUGAUCUUCAAGUUAAAAGUUCAGCCCCUCAAAUAGUAACAAAGUAGAUUUUCGACAGCCUCCUAAUAAAGAUUGAUUGAUCUCUUUCGCUUUACACAGUGUUUAGAACAAGAUGGCUGGGGUAAAGCGAAAAUUAAGUCCCGAGUCAGAUCCUAAUGCUCUUCACAAAGUACUGGAUGAGGUUACAUGUCCUGUCUGCAUGGAUCACCCUCACAAUGCUGUUCUCCUGCUCUGCACCUCUCACGACAAAGGUUGCAGGUCUUACAUCUGUGACACCAGUUACCGUCACUCCAAUUGCCUCGACAGGUUCAAGAAACUGCACUCCGAACCCCCAACUGAUCCCAAUCCCGAGCCAAACUCUGCUUCAAGGGCAAACAUUAACGAACCUCAAAGCACUUUCCACCGUGUGCCUGGAAACCAAGUCGCUGUUAGGGAUUCUGAGUCCCUGAGGAGGAGUGGAGUGGGAGAGGAAACCACGAAUUUGAAAUGUCCUCUUUGCCGUGGUACUGUUUUAGGAUUUAAGGUGGUAGAAGAAGUGAGAAGCUAUCUCGACAUGAAGAACAGAAGCUGCUCACGAGAGUCUUGCUCAUUCACGGGUAACUACCAGGAUCUGCGCCGACAUGCAAGAAGGAUCCACCCAACGUCUCGUCCUUCAGACACUGAUCCGACGAGAGAGAGAGCUUGGAGACGCCUGGAGAACCAGAGGGAGUAUGGAGAUAUAGUCAGUGCGAUACGUUCUGCCAUGCCCGGUGCUGUUGUUGUAGGAGACUACGUUAUAGAAAACGGAGAUAGGUUCCCAGGUGAGAGGGAAGCCGGAAAUGGAGGCGGCAGCAACAGCAGCAGCGACAUUUGGACUACUUUCGUACUGUUUCAGAUGAUUGGGUCUCUUGAAAACAACGGAGGGUCUAGUGGUAGUGGCAGUGGUGGUGGUGGAUCAAGAUCUCACAGGUCAAGGGCUUGGAGGAACACUCAUCGCCGUUCUUCUUCAGAUAGGCGAUAUCUUUGGGGGGAGAAUCUAUUGGGUCUACAAGAUGAAGACAAUGAUGAUGAUGAUGGUGAAGGGUUGCGUUUACAAAACGAAACAGGUGAUGGUUCCAAUCAUGUUCCAAGAAGAAGACGAAGGUUUGGUCGUCCAAGAUCAAGCGGAAACCAUCCGCGAUAAAGCCAUUGUCUUGGUGCUAUCUCUCGGGUCAGAACCAGACCGAUGCAAAGGGAAAGGUUUUGCUGAAAUCCCCCGAGAGCCGUAGGAUUUGUUUGGUGUUUUUAUGUAAAUGUCAUUUUCUGAGCUUCGUCAAGUCGCUCAUUGUAUGCUGAAGUAUGGUUUUAUGCAAUGUCUUUUUUAUUUAUUGUUACAUUGAAAACAUGUUUGCUUUUGUGUUUUAUUGUUAUUGACAUGGAAGCUUCUUA